CACCGUUUAACUACGUCUUGAAGAUGUCGUCAAUGCACCUCCCCGCGCUGCACAUGUCGCACAUCAUCUCCGCCGACGCGCCCCUCACCUCCCCAAUCUCCGACUCGCUCCCGGUCCCAUGGGACCGCGACCCCGCCCUCGCUGCUCUCUACGACCCCUUCUCGCUACCGCUAUCGGGUUCGCCACCCGGUAUGAUGCCUGGUGCGAUGCCCGACACCCGGAAAGCGUUCAGGAGUCGCAUGACUCCGGAUGAAGUCGUCGAGCAGUGCCUCCCUACCCACCAGGUCUUCGACUUCAUGCCGGACGCGACCCUCAGUCAACAGAUGAGCAGCCCUGCGUCCACGCCCGCGUCGUCCCCCCAGGCGCCGCCGCAGUCGCUCCCGCAGCGCGCUCCGAUGCACCACACUUCCUCGUUUUCCGCUGCCGGGUCUCCCGCACCGUCCGAGGGAAGCGUCGUGCCGUCCAAGCGGUCUUCGGUUGGCCCUACUACUGCGUCGGCAACGAAGAAGCCGCGUGGGGAGCGCGUUACGACGAAGGAUUUCAUCCCGCCGGACGUCACCGGGUUGAGCAAGCGCGAGGCUCGGUUGGUCAAGAACCGCGCGGCCGCUUUUUUGAGCAGGCAGCGCAAGCGGGAGGAGUUCGAGUGCAUGGAAAUCCGUGUUGCGGAGCUCGAGCAGGAAAACGCCCGUCUUCAGGCUCUCGCUCAGCAGCCACAGUCGCAGGGCGCGCAGGCAUCCACGCCUGUCGACACUGGACUUCUGUCUGAAGUGGAGCAGCUCCGGCGACAGUUGGCGGAGACGCAGAAACGCGAGCGUGAGCUCGCCGCCAAGCUGUCGAGCGUUCCUGAGCGGGAGCCGUCUCCAGCACGGCAGGCGGACGUUGUGAAGGUCGAGGCUGUUGAGCCUGUGCUGCCGGCGUCGUUGCGCGCGCACAAAGGCGAGCGGUCGGGCGCAAGCUUUGGACUGAUGGUUCUGCUCUGCGCUCUGCCCACGCUCCUCUCGCUGCCCGCGCAUCACGCCAUGUCAAACGGCGUGUCUUACAACCCUCCGACGUCGCACUCGCACUCGCACUCUACGUCGCUGGAUAUGGCGACGUUCCCGAUGAGCGACUACGACUGGAAUUUCGGCCUUGGCUCUGGUGCUAUGGAUCUUGACCUGUCCCCUUCGACUCUGCCCUCCGAGGAGCGCUCCGGGCCCGAAUUCAAGAAACUCGAGUUUGUCGAUCUCGACGCGGAGAAGCUCGGCUUGAGCGGUCUGGACAUUUCGUUCGAUGCUAGUGCGGCCAAGGACGGUCGCAUUCGCGUUCGCAUCCACCCUCCCGGUACCUCGACUUCCUCCCCGGCCUCGGACAACGGCAGCGAUAGCGUGCAGUUCAAGGAGCAAGAGGAAGACAUGGCUAUGUGGCACGACGCGCAAGACGACCUCGGUCCGUUCCUCGGCAUCGGCGCAAACGACUUUGGCUUCGACUCGCAGAGCCUGCAGCCUACGUCGUUCGAUUUGGCCUACCCUCCCUCGUCCCAGUCCGCGUUCUCUGCUUCGUCUUCGCCUUCGAUGUCAUCACCGACGACUGCGUACUACCCAAGUGCGCCGUCGCCAUCGCAGAUGCCGAACGAGUACGAGUUCGACCUCGGCAGCGAGUACGGGAGCGUCGGGAGCGGAAUGUCGCGCGCAGGAAGCCCAGGUGCACAGAGCGCCGGUCGCCGCAGGGUGCGCAUCGCGUUACGCGGGAUGCCCGGCAAGGGCAAGGAAGGCGGCGAGUGGGAGGUCGAGGUCUGCUAGGCCCCGCCGUCCGCCCGUUUUGCUGUCCGUCCGUCUAUGCGCCAUUCCAGCCCGGUAAAAUGCGCGGUGCCUCCCCACGCGGGGGCGCCGGAGGUGCGCUUAUGUUUUAAGCUAUUCUGGUUCCACCCCUUCUUCUGUUUUUCUACCCUCGCCCGCACAUGCGGGCCGAGUCCUUGGUUUUCUGCCUGGCUGCAUCGUACUCUACUCGCUCGUCAUCAUAUGUAUCCUUUGGCUUUCGUGCUCUCGCGCCCACCGCCAUUAACUGCACUCAAUAAAACCCCGUAGCAUACAUCGCCCCAUACACAUCGUACAUACAUACGUCCAUACACCCACCGUACACCGUCCCCCUCUCCCCGUUUUCGCAUGCGCGAAAACAGCCCCUCUAUCGUACAUACUCGCGCUGCUCGCUAUUACCCCCC